CAAAAAGAUGACCUAAAGAAUGAGAGCAAAAUUUAUAAAGAAAUAAUUUAUGCCGUGAAUAUUCAUCGCAGAGCUAUGGAGUUCACCGAUUUUUUAAUAUCAAAUUUUGAAGGAUCAUUUUUCUUCUUAAUAGCAAUUGGCGUAACUUGUCUUAGUCUUAAUCUUUUUCAGGCUGCGUCGUAUCGUGAUAAUAUUGAGCAACUUAUACUACCUCUUUUAAUUAUAAUCAUCCUUUACGUAUACUUAUUCGUAUCCAACUGGACUGCGCAAGAAAUUACGGAUCAUAAUGAAUACGUAUUUGCUACAGUAUACAACGUUCAGUGGUACAUAGCUCCGUUACAUAUACAGAAAAUGAUGUUAUUUCUAUUACAAAGGGGUACUAAGGCUUUUCAUAUGAUUCUUGGUGGAAUAUUUGUGGCGUCUUUGGAAAGUGCCGCUGCGCAGCUGAUGAGUACUUCAAUAUCAUAUUUCACUGUUCUCUAUUCUACAAAAAAUUGAGAAUAUAAAUUAAUACUAAUAAAAUAAUUUUAAAAAAUCGAGUUUAAUAUUAAAAAAUUGGGAUGGAAAGAGAACAACGCAGAUAAAAGAAAAAAUAUUGGAAUCACUAUGAUUUCGCAUUUUAGAUAAUACGUGCUGAAGUAUCAAAUCCGCGAAAGAGGAAAAUUAUUUUAAUGAAAACACACACACAUCGGAGAUAAAUA